AUGGCAGGUCUCCCACCAGGCGUCAUGUCAGGCGCAUCGUCGCAUACGUCGUCGCCCUCGCGCCAUCUCUCCCAAUAUUCCGCAUCCACCUACACCCUGGUAGGUGGCAGCAACACACCCACCUCGACGAUCUCCACCUCAACCCUCCGCUACCCCUCGAGCCGCAAAACAAUCUACGACCGCAACCUCAACCGCUCACGGAACGCCGAACUCUCCCGCGCCAGCUUCGCGUACCUGUUCAUGGAGAUGGUGUCGUACGCCCACCGGCGGGUCAAGGGGAUCCAGGACUUUGAGAAGAGAUUGAACGAACAGGGAUACCCUCUGGGCCUGAAGCUGCUCGAUCUGCUGCUGUACCGAGCCAGUCCGGCCGGGAGCUCGAGCUCGACUUCAUCGACGAGCAGUUCGGCCGGCGGCGCGGGCGGCGCGAACAGGCCGCUGCGGCUGCUGCCGCUGCUCACGCUAUUGACCACCAAGCUGUACCCGCUACUGUUCAGCCGACCUGCUGACUCGCUGGAGCAGAGCACGGCGAACCCGGGCGAGUAUAUGAUUAUUGAUAAUACGCCGUUGACGAAUCAUUAUAUCUCCGUGCCAAAGGAGAUGAACCAGUUGAGUGUUGCUGCAUAUAUCGCCGGCAUUAUCGAGGGCGUGUGCGAUGGCGCGGGAUUUCAGUGUAAGGCCUCGGCGCAUAAUACUGGCACUGAUGUGUGGCCGAAUCGGACUGUCUUUUUGAUCAAGUUUGAAGAGCAUGUGCUGGAACGGGAGAAGGAGUUGGAGAGGCAGGGCAUCAAGUGA